AUGUCGCUUGGCGAGGCCCCCUCGGAUCAUUCAACACAGGGGCAGACCUCCCUCGAAGUCUCGAAUGAGGACUAUGGAAACGGCAUACUCAACCAGGCCCACGAUCACGACAGCAACACUGAAGGCCAUCAGCUUCAAGCCUUUAAUUUCAAAGUCGAACGCCCCCAGUCCGUCGCCGGCGAAGCCCUCUGCAUCGCCCUCAUCUGCUCCUCCCAGCUCCUCACUCAAGCCAGUCUUACCCUCAGCAUCGUGCCCCAACAUAUCAUUGGUCGCUCGUUUGGCAUCGACGACCAGCCUGGCCAGCUGACCUGGUUCCCCGCUGGAUACUCUCUCACCGUCGGCACCUUCAUUCUCAUCGCAGGCCGCCUUGGCGAUGUCUUCGGCCACAAGCUCUUCUUCGUUGGCGGCUACGCCUGGUUCGGCUUGUGGUCUGCCCUCGCCGGCGUCGCCGUCUACAGCAGCCCCAGCUUCUUCAUUUUCUGCCGCGCCAUGUAG